AUGCCUCUCCAGGUCAACUCGCCAACCUCUCCUAACGUUGUGAUCUACCCCCUUGGACUUUUAGACCACUUCUGGGGCGCCAAUAUGACCAAGGGUUGGAUAGUAGAGGGUAUCCUUGACAUCGAAAAGAUUCGAGUCGCCUUGGACAAGGUGGUUGCAAAAUGGCCCUUGCUCGCUGGUAGAGUUCGUCCAAGUCCUAAUAGUACCAAAGGCCAGGCGAGAUUUGAAAUUCACAUACCCCUUCAAAGGUCUCCCAGCAACCAGCCUCCAUACAACUUGACCUCUGCGGACUCACCAUUGCCGAUCUCUCAUUUCGUUGAGAUACCCAUCCCAGCCUUCUCGGACUGCCUUCCCUCCCGUCUCUUCGUACCCGAGCAGCGCAUGGCGCUGGGGGGUCUGACGGGCUACGCAAAGGAGGACGCCCCGCUCACUCACUGGCACAUCGCCUACUUCCGCCACCCGGGAGAAGAAUAUUCAUGUUUGGGCGUCAAUUACUCCCACAGCAUUUUCGAUGGAAUCGGCUUUGCCAUGGUUAUGCAUGCGCUGGAGGCCGAGCUAAAGGGAGAGAGUUGGGAGGUACCUCCUAUGCCCGAGCCUGGCGUAAACCAGAAUCCAUUCACCACGCAUAUGGAGGCGGAAUUGGCAAAGGACGUGCGGCACAAGCGCGAUCCCUUCCUUCAGAUAUCGACGGGCGGACAUUUCACGAUGGCGUCCUACACGCUUAGGUCGUGGUGGCACAACACUCUUUACGGGAUACGACAUUGUAAUCUCGUCAUUCCCUACGCCGUCCACACAGGAUUGGCGAAGGAAGCCCGCAAGUCGUUGGAAGAGGCUGGUGUGGUGGAUGUCCGGCCCACUAGUGGGGACGUUUUGGGAGCUUGGUUGAUGCAGACUAUGUACUCGGAUGGGACAAGCCCGAAUCGAACGGUUACAAUCCAUAAUGUUGCUUCUCUUCGGGGAGAGUGGGGCGGUCAAUUCAACCUUUAUCCGCACAACUGUUGGGCGAUCGUUCCUGCGCCGAUAUUCACGGUGUGCGAAGUCACAGUCCGACCACUUCAUGAUAUCGCAUAUCAACUAGCCAAGGCUCGCGCUGUACCCCUUGCACCAAGCGGCAUGGGGUUCUACGAGAAAUUCAAGGAAGUAGAGAAACGCGGGGGCAGCUGGAAUGUCGAACACGAGCAGGCUGACGAGGCCCUUCACAUCUCUAACGUAUCUGUUGCGCGGGUUGUCGAUCUCGAUUGGCGUGGUGCUGGCGGUGGAAGGGUCUUGUGCCAAUACAAGUUCUUCCCCGCGUCGAGCUCAAGGCUCAGAAGCACUAAUACGGUUGGAAUUAACGGACGGUUGGAUAAUGGCGAUCUCGUCGUUAAUUGUCUCGUUAAUGCCCGUAGAGCUAGAAGGCUCGAGGAUGAGCUCGUCAAAGUCAUUGCUCGAUUCAGUACAUAGGAAUUCCUAGCUCUGCUAACUGCUCGCUCAUCCAUGUUAUAGUACUGUAGUUCCUGCUGUAAUUUUGAGUGGAAAUAGAACGAUGGAGUGCG